UGAGAGUGCUGAAUAAAGUUGCCUGUGUACCUCGUCUUACUACAGGGAAGUUAAGUGAAGGACAGGCUGCUAAGAUGACAGGCAGCAUAGGCGACAGUUCAGGCAAGGUCCUGACCCUCGAUGAUCUCAUCGAGGCGAUGGACAAGUGGGAGAGAACGCCGAGGAGUGUCCCCAAAGUCAACACCUUCCACUUCAAUGGGGAACGGGUCUCUAAAUGGCUGGACCUAGUGGAGCAAGCCUUGGUGGGAGUACCAGACGAGACGAAAUUCAAACGCAUCCUGCAGUAUGUGCUCCAUAAGCACCAUCCAGAAGUACAGAAGGUGGUCGACGACGCCAACUGCGACUGGGCUAAAUUUAAGGAAGGAAUGCAGCAGAAGUAUAGGUUGGGGGAUGGCCUGCUGACUAUGGCGGACCUAGAGGCAAUGAAUAGGGACGACUUCACCACCAAUGGAGUAUUCCUGCAAGAAUUCAAAAAGAAGGUGAGAAAGGUCGAGCAGCACCAGGWGAGGCUACAGAGGCAGAAACGGAAGGACAGGGAUGCGGCUGGGUCGCMAGGAGUAAAGAAGAUCAUAAYCGACAUAUUAGCAGGGCUAGACCCGGUGAUACAGCRGAAGGUGACGGCGGCAGUCCGGGAAAAAGGCAAGGGGGCCGUGUUAGAGGAGGCUACCMAGGAGGGAUGGGAAGAGGAGGAGCCGGUACMUCCACACCUUACGAAGGCGCARCGUAAGCARCGCAAUCUAGCACAAGGCGSACAAGGGUCAGGAAAGGGCCAGGCGCCUCAAGUAGUGGUAGCGGCAUCUCYGAGCUCGUCCGGGCCGUCAAGUAGUGCGGRCCCGUCGCAAGCACCAGUGCCACCAUUUGGGCAYUGGCCRUGGCCCCUAGUUAAUACCUAUGYACCCUGGGGUGGCCCAGCGYCRUCUGGACAGGUAAUACCCUAUGCUGGGCCCCAGACAAGUAUGCCACCUCCGAGCUACCCCGCCGCCCAAACUCAGYYAGCGGUACCACCGACGCCAAYGCCCACACAAAGUUCACAAGGCAGUGUGGCGGGURCUGGUAGUCAAGGCCAAGGGAACCAGGGGAAUGGAGGAAGGGGCGGUGGACGAGGACGUGGCAGGAAUGGCGGUGGCCGAGGAGGCCAAUGGGGCAGUCAAGGCGGCCUAGGAGGCCAAUGGGGCAACCAAGGUGACCAAGGCAAUCAAGGCGGCCAAGACAACCAAGGGAAUCAAGGUGGUSGAAGGGCCCGUUUUGAUUGGAGAAGUGCUAUAUGCCAGCACUGUGAGCAGCAAGGUCACACUAUUAGGUUUUGCAACAUACGGAGAGAGGACGAGAAAAAUGGACUGAUUUAUUCUAAUAUGGAUGGGGACAUUUACGACCAAUUCGAAGAUUUUAUUGAUAGGAAGGCUGGUGGAGUUAGGCCGGAGGCCCAGCGAAGGUUGGCAGCACGACAGCCACCCCCUGCCACGUUCAGGCUAUGGCAGGAGAAGGAAGAGCUGCCAAUUGGAGUUGAGGAAGUAGGAAGCGACGAGGAAGUAACCCAGAGGCUACAGGCCGGGGAUGUAAGAGAGACACCCAAAAUCAUCGAGUCGGACGAUGAGGGUGACGAUGAAAAGGUAGAGCCGGCAGUAAUCCUGCUGAAUAAGAUAGAGGACUUAUUGGACAAGGUAGGGAGAUACCAACGGAAGUUGGUAGACCUCUGCGAGGGAGUAAAGGAAUGGAGGGCUAACCUCCCCAAGGUCUUCCUUUAUGACUCUGGUCCGGAAACCAUGCCGGGGCGGCCCGGAGUGACCACUGUGGGGACGGGCCCGCGGUCAGGGAUGAUGACUAGGCCCCCUACCCCGCAAGUUAGGCUGGCUCAGGUGGCCCGCACUCGAAGUCAAGCCAAGGCAGGUGCGAGUCAAGGACCUCCUCGGAAGGAACCAGAACUUGAAAAGAGGAAGGAAACUGUAGAGGUAGAGGAUGAUGAUGAUGAUGAUGAAGGGGAAGAUGACCGGUUACGUCAGGAAGAAGAUCAAAGGGCCGAACAGCGAGCCAAGAAAAGAGAAAGUCGGGGAGAGGCCGAACUGGUUAUGCGAGACGUACCGCCAAAGAGGAAGAAGUAUGCGGUCCGGCUAGAGGAAGGAUUUGAUGUAGAGCGAGUAAUUGACAGGCUGCUUGAGGGCCAUAAUGAUUUAAUGACCCUGAAAGAGAUCCUAGCGUCUGCGCCCAGGCUCCGCAAUGAGUUGAAGGGCAGACUGUCAAGACGACUGAUACCAAAUGUUCACCUCAGUGUGAUCCUGCCCAAGGAGAUGGAAUGGGCAGAGCCAGGGACAAAAAUGGAUUGGAAGUGUGUAGCUUGUGGCGUAGUGGACCUAGCGGUAAAGGGCUCCAAAUGCACAGCCAUGGUGGAUACCGGCACGGAGAUGAAUAUCAUUCGAGAGGCCGACGCCAUCAAGUUUGGGUUAGAGGUAGACAGUUCAGAUUGUGGCAUCCUGCACGGGGCCAACAACAACGCGGUGUUCUGUAGAACAACCUCAAAUGUGCUACUGGAGAUUGGCAGGGUGAAAGCGCGGGCCUGUUUCUUUGAGAUGCCUGAUGUGGACCACAGCAUCCUCCUGGGGAGGUCCUUCCUAUCAAGGACGGAGACUUUGAUAUAUAAUGGGUCAUUGAUCCUGAUUCUAUGUGAUCCAGCAUGCGGGAAUUACGAAGUGAUUACCUGCCGGAACACUGGGCCAAGGAGCCUCAGGAACAGGCCUAACCCUGGCUCCUUCACGAUUGAGGAGUCAGAAGACGCGCAUCGGAGGCUUAUGGCAGAGCCCGAGGACGAAGUAGAAGGUGAAGCCUUCUCGCUCAGCCUGUCGGAUGUGGGAAAGGCCAUGGAUAUAGUGUCCACGCAUGAGAUGGCCGAUCCGGAUGCCAUUCAGGCGUUGAGGGAGCAGGUUCUGGAGUAUCCCCAGGUAGGGGAAACGGAGCUGGUUUACCGGCUUCCCAAGGGGGGAAUGGAUCCGGCAGUGGCACAGGCACAAGCACGAGUGCCAAUUCCCGUUCUGGUUACCGAGGACGAGGAGGUGUACUACGAGCGGGAGCGAGCGUUGAUACGGCGGAUGAGGGAAAAUGCGUCAGAAGGGCCAUGUCGUGUCAAUGAGGAAAAUGAAGGGAAGUUGAUAGUGGGAGAACCGGACUUCCUACUGCCGCGGGAAAGAGCCCUGAUGGCGGAGCUGAUGAAGAAAAGACAUCGCGCCUAUGCGUUCAGCGACGAGGAGCAUGGCAGGUUGGAUAUGGACAAGAUUCCAAUGAUCCGCAUCCAUACCGUGCCGCACGAGCCAUGGAAUCUAAGAGGGGCGCGAUACCCGGAUCCGGACGAAGAAAAGAAGGUAGUGGACUACCUCGAUGGCAAAAUACGUACGCACGUCGCCGACUACUCGAGCGGACUCUACGCAUCCCCGUGGUUUUGUUUUAUUAAGCCCAAUGGGACACUAAGAUGUAAGGAGCUUCCUAGGUACGUGUGGGUUCUGGAGGUCCUUCGUCAAGAACUUUGCGGCAAAGACAGAGCAAUUAAGGAAGCUGGUCCGGUUACGGAGACGAGACCAUUCAUUGUGGAAACCGAUGCAGGACCGACGGCCUUGGGUGGAGUUCUAAUCCAAGCAGACAUCAAGGGGAAGAAGAGGCCGUUGCACUUUGAGAGUCGCACGCUAUGUACGUCAGAGAGAAACUACUCCCAAUUCAAGAGGGAAACUCUCGCCGUCCUUCAUUGUCUGCGGAUUUUUCGAAACUACAUCUUUGGCAGAAGGUUCAUCUUGAGGGUAGACCCAACGGCUCUGGCUUUCUCCCUGAGGAAUUAUGUUCCGUCCGAUCCAACAGUUGCCAGGUGGUUGACAUACAUCUGGAUAUCCAACUUCGAGUUGGAACGGAUCCCAGGGAACAAGAAGAGGGCAGAUGGGCUAAGUCGCAUCAACUGGGAUAGGCAGGACGGGGAAGCUGUAGAGCAUACGCCCCCUGUUGAUGGCUUUCUGGACCAGGACGAGGACAUCCGCCUCCACAUCAAUAAGUGGUCCCAACAAGUCCCCAGCUGCGUUGGCCAUCCUAUCUGGCACGCGCCUAAGGGGUAUGAGCAGAAAGCUGAGUUGGUGCUCAAGCCUUUCGAAGAGGAGGAUCCCUCGGGUGGUAAGGACGUCCAAUGGAUGACCAAGUUGGCACUCACAGGUAGCCAUUGUAUGAUGGAUGAGGUACUGACGAUAGAGAUGGGUCCGGAUAAGAUGAAACACCACGAGGAAUUAAUGGGAGGGAUGUACCUCCUCGUUAAUGCGCUUCUGCAUGAGUCCCUUGAUUUGGAAAGCUCACUGAAUCCGGCCGAAGGAAGAGAUACUGUGUUGGAGAGCCAGGAUGACGAGUUUGAAGAGGGAGAGAUCAAGGAGGCAGUCCGCGUAGAGGAGUAUGAAGGGAUUUACCUAGAGCUGGGACUUCUCUUAUCCUGCGAGAUGCGUGAUAGGGACGCAAGUCAUAGGGCGCAGAUGAUGAGGGAUCGCUACCUAGUAAGGGACGGUCAUCUCUUCGUAAGAAGGAAAGUAGGAAACCCCAGGCGGGUGGUAUGUGGUCGCAACCGUCAGAUCGACGUCAUAGCAGCGCUUCACGAUGGCAUUGCAGGCGGAUACCGGGGAAUUACUGCCUCAUAUGCCAAAAUAAGUGAGCUAUACUACUGGGACGGGAUGAUGGAGAUGGUUGGGAAAUUCUGUCGUUCCUGUGUGCCGUGCCAGGAGCAGUCUCGUCUAAGGCCAGGAGAGUCACUAUAUCCAAGGCUGGAGAGAGAGGUCGGGGCCGUAGUACACCUCGACUUGUUGUUCAUGCCCCUUGGAGAUCAUGGCUACAACUAUAUCUUCGAUGCGCACGACAACCUAUCUGGCUUUGUCGAUGGACGGGCAAUCCGUACGAAGACUAGGCCAGUUUUGGUCAGCUGCAUCGAGGAGUAUUACCUACGCUACCCGUUCGUUAGGGAAUUCGUAAUGGACAGGGGGUCAGAGUUCACCUGUCAGGAGGUGCAAGAGCUGCUGUCUAGGUAUGGGGUAGUGGCUAACUACACCACGGCCGCCCACCCACAGGCAAAUGCUCCGGUGGAAAGAGGUCAUACCAUGCCAAGAGGAGGGAGGGGGACACGACCACCACGACGGCCAGCGGGAGCAUUAGGAGGACAUGGACGGCAUGAGCCUUAUCGUCGGGCAAGGACUCCAGUAUAUAACGAUGGGGAUAUCGAGUUAUUCAUGGACGAGUUCUGGGGCCACGCUGACCAUAUGGGGUGGAUCGUCACUCAGACGAUCGAGAGGUUGAGGGGAGUUGGCAGGUUUAUUGAGCCCAUUGCACAGAUUCGCAGGGGGGCUCAAACGAGGUCGGAAGUGGAGGCGCGGAUGCAGGAACUACGACCAUCGUCUGUGGGGCCUGAUGGCAGGCCUAUUCGACUGAAGAUUGGGAAUGCAGAUGACUUCAUCCCAGCAUUCGAGCAAUUCAUGCAGGACCAGGCGAUACUGCGAAGCGAGUGGAUGAUCACGUUACCCCUGUGGACCCGAAAGGCGAAAAGACCUUUGGCCAGACAGAUCAAGGAUAUGGCCCGAGAUUGGGAUGGUUAUAGAGCGCACUUGAGGGAGGCAUUCCGGCAGCCAGAACCACCUCGGCCUAGAGUCGAAAGGCGCCUCAAGAGCGGGAGGUAGAGGGAACCUGAGCCCGCUGAGGACCGAACCUCGUGGAGAGGACGGAAGGCGCUUGCUAGGCGGGAAGA